GUGGGAAAAGAAGAACCAAAAAUGAGAGAGAAGCUCAUUUCGGUCCAACCGGAGACUAACGGCGUCAACUGUCACCGCCACACUCCGCUGUCACGUUGAAACCAUACGAGUGCUCCCUUUGCGACACCACCAGGAGGUUUUCCUCUCAAGUUAUGUGGACUGUUUCUCGUCCCAUGUUUCUCUGACAGCAGUGUUUGGUCGGCCAAGGUUACAGGAAGUAGAACGGCGAGCGCUGGAAGCUUUGAAUGGUUCGAAUAAUGUCACUGAAAUGCAACAGGUUCGUCGACAAGCCUGAUGAAAUGGGCUUUCAUAUCGGAGGCUAUGCUGUCUCCUCUGGUUGACUAAUACAGGACUCUGCUCUGGUGCGUUAUUCUCUAUUGACAUAUAGAAAAACCUGUCCGGCAGACUCCUCAUCACAAACGCACUAAAUGUGUUAGUGCUUUUUUAACUGCAUCACCUCAGUCAGACCUGACUGUUGGAUAAACAGGUCUCAUGGAGGAGACAGGAUGUCUUCCCCUCAGCAAUUUUGACACGUUGCAUUGUUCGCAGGUGCACAGGAUGCUAAGAAGAUCCUGACUCGUGGCCCCAACAUGAGCGUGACAUCGUGGUUCCUGGUCAGCAGCUCCGGCACGCGCCACAGGUUGCCACGGGAGAUGAUCUUCGUGGGCCGGGAUGACUGCGAGCUAAUGCUGCAGUCUCGCAGUGUGGACAAACAGCACGCUGUGAUCAACUACGAACAAAACACAGACGAGCACAUGGUGAAGGACCUGGGCAGUUUGAACGGGACAUUCGUGAAUGACCUAAGAAUCCCUGACCAGACGUACAUCACGCUGAAACUCUUCGACGUCAUUCGAUUUGGAUACGAUGCUCAUGUUUAUAUCCUGGAGAGGAGUCAACACAAGGUCCCAGAGGAAGCACUUAAACAUGAGAAGUACACCAGCCAGUUGCAGCUCGGUGUAAAAGCCCUGGAGGCCAAGACGAAAGAAAAACAGCUGCUCCAGAACUCGGAGAAGAGCAAAGACUCCCUUUCCACUAUCAAACUGCAGGACAGGGCUGAGCGAAGAGCCCACUCACUCACGGCCAUCACAGAUUCUCCGAUAUCCAAGCCCACUCCUCUGUAUGGUCAACCGUCAUGGUGGGGGGAGGACGAGGACCCAGCCAACAAAAAGAAGAGCAGAGGUGGAAAAUCGCUGGAACAGGAGUCUCCAGAGCAUGGUAAAGAUGUCACCAAAUACGAGCUCAACGGCUCUCUGUCCGACAGUCAGGCCAAGUCCAUCUUCUCCUACCGCCGAGAGCCCAGCUACUUUGAGAUCCCAACAAAGGAGUUCCAGCAGCGAUCUGCUAAAAAGUCUGAAUCGCACGUUCACGAGGUUCCCACAAAGGAUACCCCCGAUCCCACCCAGUGUGUCCCCUCCACUCCCACACCUCCAGUGGUCCAAAGUCAUGCCUCCUUCACCAUCGAGUUUGAUGAAUGCACACCAGGUAAAAUGAAGAUCAAGGAUCAUGUGACCAAGUUUUCUUUCCGCCAGCAGAGGAAGCUGCCCUCCACGGAGGUUGUUACCACACCCACUGAGGUAAUGUCAGUAGAAAGCAAAGUUGCUGAUUGGCUGGUCCAAAGCAAUGCUAGCAUGAUGAGGAGGAGGUCACAGACUGAAGAUGCGUACAGCACGCACAGUGACCCGUCAUUUGUGAAGACCACCAAGGGAAACCACUGUGAAGAGGUCACUCACGGUGAUUCCGGGGAUCUUGCAAUCAAUGGGAAUGAUUUUCUUCAGUCAGAACUUCAAAUCGGGUCCCAGGUUUCUCCGCAACCCCUGAGAAGCUCCUCCCCAGAGCGGUUCACCUCCCCGGACUCUGAGGAACCUUUGUCCUCCUCACCCCCAGAGUCACAGUGCCUUUCCAGUCUUGGCAAGGCUGAGCCACAACAGGCCUUUGUCAUUGAAUUCUUUGACGACAACCCAAGAAAGAAGCGCUCCCAGUCCUUCACCAAUAACACCUCCCCACCUGAGGCGUCAGGCCUCAGGGUGCAGCAGGAGAAGGCAAAAAAGAGCACAAGCUCAACUGGGGAGAGACAACUUCCACCCUCAGACUCCACCACUCCCCCAACCCAACGAUACACUGUCUCCCUGAAGGGCCCUGCUUCCACCGGGCCCCAAAGAGCUGGCUCAUUGCGGAGGGAGAAGACAGAGGAUCGAAUAAGCACAAACUUUUCCUCCCGCACUUCACCUUCUGUCUCUGCAAAGCCCUUUAGCAGUGUGGGCCGGAGAUCCAAACUCGCCCAGGAAUUCACUGCGGAAAUGCAAAGACACACAAAGCAGUCCCAGGCCAGCUGGGAGAAAACUACAUCUAGUUUCUCCACAGCAGCGAAAACAGACGCAGCGGUAAGAUCACAGUCCAGUCCCCCUCCAGCUAAUUCUCACUACCAGCCCCAGACUUCCUCUCCUAUCCACAAGCUGAUUCCCCUCAAGGCCCCUGUGAUGCCCCUGGCUUCUCACAGCUUGGAGGUCAAGAGCCCCCUUGUCAGCUCCAGAAACGAAGAGGAGGACAGUCUGAGCGAUGCAGGGACCUACACCAUUGAAGCAGAUGUCCAAGAUAAAGAGCUGGAAGAGGCACGGAGCAAGAUUGACCAGGUGUUUGGUGUUGUUGAGAACCCAGAGCCAACCAACCAGAGUGACGCUGAAACAUCGUCAGCAUUUAGGCCUUCUAUUGUGCAGGGCAGGGAGCAGCAUAGGCAGAGUAGCAGUGGGCAGGUUCAGCCAGCGGGUGCAGUGUUACAGGGGGCUCCUAAGUGGAUGUCUUGCUGGGCCAGUUUGGCAGACAGCUACACAGACUCCGGCCCUUCGUCUGGCCUCUUUGACAUAACAUCCCAGGUGGAGCUGUCAGCAGGGGCACGAAGUACAAUCCUCCACAAGGCCAAUCUCACACGAAACCACGACAGUACAGACUCAAGAGCUCGACGCAUCCUGCCCCAGGUACCAGUGGGGGAGAAGAGCGACAUUUCAACUCCCAGCAUUCAUGUCCAUUAUGACCCGCAUUCAACAUUUGAUGUAGAAGACAACAGUUUGGUGUCCUGCACAUUGCAGGAUGGAAUUCACAGGUUGUCAGUGCAGGAUGAUGUAGAGCCUGACAGCCUGAGUGACGCCAGCAAGUCCGAUGAUGGUUCCAUCAUAGAGCAAAGGAGGAGACCUCUUUCAGACUCAGAAGAAAAGAAAACUGAGGAGAAGUCCAGACUCCCAGCCAAGCCGACAUCAUUCUACAUCGGGUCAGAGGAGGCUCCGUCCAGACCAGAGUGUGGAGGCCCAAAACCCAGCACUUCCAAGACUGAGAGAAAAUAUGCAAACAAAACUUUCUCAACAGCCACCCUGACCAAACCGAGAGGUAUCCUGGACUCUGAAAAAAUCAAGCCAAGUCUGUCGGCUCCUAUCCUGGACCAGAGGACACAGAGUCCAGAGUACAAAGAGGGGAGGGCGGUAUCUCCAUUAAUCCGACAAGAGAGCUUCACCAAGGAGCGAUCUAGCAAUGCCAAGUUGCCCAACAUUUCUAGCCAGCCUGCUCAGAGGGAUGUAGACAUUGAAUUGUUCCAGCGAGCCUGCAGUCAGGACACUCAUUCGUACCUCAAAGAGACGGAGGAUGUUCUCGCUGUUCUGGAGGCCAAACUCCAAGCAGCACAAUCAGUAACCACUCCGUCUCCAAUAACGGACUCUCUUUCUGCGGAGUCUGAUGUGGACACCUCCAGCACAGUCAGCCAGCAUAGCAAUAAGACCAAGACACACACACUGGCAAGAAAACCCUCUGUUAGUGGCCUCCAUAGGGAAAAGUCUUCAGCUAGUAUAGCUAGUAUAGUUAGCCAGGACUCAAACCAUCAGUCCAUGUUGUCAGGAAAGCGUCAUUCGCAGGGAGCCGACGGCAGCAGCAAGAGUGAACCUGUCCAGAGGCCAGUAGGACUGAGACGUAGUGCUGGGAGAUGUGGUUCCACAGACCUAAGUGAUGACCCUCACAGCUUACCUUACUCCGAUCAGGAAUCUAGCACCUACCAAACCCGCAAGAAAUACACCGUGCCCCUCCAGAAGGAUGACGCAAAGACCACCAGGGUAUCCCCCUUGAGUCGUGCCAACAGCUUGUCAGCUCCAAGACCCACCAGGGCAUCCAUGCUACGUCGCGCUCGCCUGGGAGAGGCCUCAGACAACGAGGGCACGGAGACGGACAAGCUGUCACAGGAGGCGGCGGCGGCCAACAUCCCCGCUAAGCAGCCCCAGGAAACCAAGAAACUCUCCCGGCUGGAUAUGCUGGCGAUGCCUCGCAAGCGGACGACCUCGUUCAACACACCCAGCGACACAGAGUCGUCCUCCGCCCCAUCAUGGGUGGGCAAGAGCACAGGGUUCUCGAACCGCAGCACAGAGUCCGGCGGCAGCUCCACUCGGAGGGCGUCCGCUUCAGGGCCGAAACUUGUAGAAAGGCCGCCGAAAACGGCGCUCAACAAGACCCCAAUCACCCGCGGACGUUCAAGCAGUGCCAAAUACGCCAGCACAACAGCAAGCUCCAGGAGGCGACAGAAAGGCUCCGACUAUACCUCUACCUCAGACGAGGAGUACGACUCGAACCAGAGUACUCCUAAACACAAACGGUCCCAACCUUCCUCAGCUUCCCACAGUCCACGCAGUCAGCCUCGGCCCCAGCCAGUGGUUGCCCUGCACCCAAAGCCCCGCGGGAAUGACUCCGAGGAGGAGAACCAAGAGGGAGAAGCCUUCCACAACUGGUCCACGCACAGUGCUGAGAUUGCACGGUUGAGUCAAGACCUGGCUAAAGACCUGGCCAUCUUGGCCAGAGAGAUCCAUGACGUGGCCGGUGAUGGUGACACUCAGAAGCCAGAAGCUCAGAGCAGCGCGCCUGUGUCCACGGUGACCGCUCACGAACAGCUGGUUCAGCAUAUUCCAGAGGCCGGUUUAAACUACCCGAGAGUGCCACCUAGUUCUGCAUCUGUAAGGGAACCUGAGCAAAGUGACCAUGAGCAGAACUCCAGGCAGCGGGCUCGGAGCAGAGACGAGGGCGUUGUGGACAAUCUGAUGCUGAACCCAGUGACUCAGGUCAUCAUGGCCAUCAGAGAAAAUACAGAGCAACUUGCUGACAAAAUUAAGGUACUCUUCCAGGACAGGGCGGAUAUCUGGGAACAAAUUGAGGCAAAGGUUAAUUCUGACAGUGAUUUGCCUAUUGUCAAAACCUCUAACAAGGAAGUCACGUCCAUCUUGAAGGAACUGCGGAGAGUUCAACGACAACUUGAGGUCAUCAACACAGUCAUGGAGCCCAGUGGGCAGCCUGAAACUUCCAAGGCCUCGGCCUCUGCCGUCUCCUCCUCCUCCUCCUCAUCUGGAGUUCCUCCCUCCAGAACUUCGUCCUCACGAGACUGGAGAACGGUCCACUCUAUCUCUAAACGGGGCGGCGGCCCCAGGCCCAGUGAGAGCGUCAGGAGAGCAGCCGUGACACCAGACGAUGUCAGACAGGGAUAUUUGGUCUGAGAUCUGGUGCACACACCCACACACACUGUGCUGAACUUCAGCUGUGCACUCACACACACGCACGCACACACUCACGCAGGUGUCGGACCAUUGUGUUCAAAAUUAAACCGCGAGGGAGGAAGUGAGACUAGAUUCACGGAACCGUACCUUCCUGCACAUGAAAACACACACUACUCCACUAUGAAUGCUAUUAAAAUAAGCUUGUGUGCAGGCCUUCGUAUGAGAUGAGGAUUUGAGGAAGUAUCGCACUUCAAAAACUAUAUUUGUUUCUUUGUGCACGAGAUCGUCCUCGUUAUUUACCAAUAUUUCUAAAAGCUCUCUGUAAUUACCUGGUUUAACUGAAAACCAACCUGAGCUCAAUCAACUCAGGGAAAUUUAUCGUCAAAUCAGAAAUUUGUGUUUAGGGACAUUUUGAGGAAAUAUUAGUUCAUUGAUAUUUGUUUGAACAAAGGCAGCGACACUUUUUACAGAAGUUGGUGUACUGUGUUUGUUUCCUCAGUAAACUCACUACAUUUCCUUAUAAAUAGAUAUAUUAUAUAUAAAAAUCCUUGAUGUUUGCCAUUUUCUCUUUGUAGACCAGAUUUAAGGAAGAAUGUAAAGAGUAUUUAUUUGGAGUCUUUUGUGAGACACUGGUAUUAUGUAACCGAGACGACGUGACUUGGGAGAGAGCUGGACCAACUCCUUUUACAUCACACAGUCGCCACUAGCCAAUCCACUGUGUUCAUUCCGUUAUUUCCCAGACCAUCUUCAGCACAAUUGCAUCAUCCAUUUUUGCCCAGCUGGAGGCGAAACUCCCUCAGGAAUGUGUCUCCAAGUGUGAGUUGUGGUUUAGUCACCUGGCAACCACAAACUCAAAGUGGCUGUAAAACACCAGUAGCAAGUUCCUAAGCUUUACCAUGCUUCGGAAGAGUGUUUUUGUUUUCGUGUUAAACACAGUUGGGAGGUUGAAGCUUAUUCUUUUUUUUUUGCGUGUGUUGUCUUGCGGUGCCUGCAGAGCACAAUUUAUCUCUGAGGGUUUGACAAUCAUGAAAAUGACUGACUCCUUUCUACAUGUACAUACACUACAUACUGUACACUAAGAGCUUUCAAAGGGCUGUGAAAAAGAUGGGAUGUUUACUCAGUCUGUCGAGUCGCAAGGUCACUUCUGACGGGCCCUCGCAUGACAGGAGGAGCAAUGUGAUUUUAGCAUAUAAGUUAAGAACUUGUGUGAAUCAGAUUAUUAGUUUGUGACAUGUCUGUAAAGUAAAUCUCUGAAGCUUCCUGUAGGUCCUACAAAUUACCUCUCAGUCUUGUCUUUUGCACUACUGUAGACCAGCAUUAUCCCCUGGACCUGAUAUGCUGCCAAGCUGAAAAACCUUUACUCUCCUGAUUGUUAGGCAUUUGAUGCUGCUGGAGUCGAAGCGCCGAGAGAGGCGACCCAGUACACCAGCAAGUUUGUGCCACCCCCCCAAUCGUCCCAGUACAAAACUGCACGUGUGAUUGUACUUGGGAAAAACCUACAAGUGCCACAGAGCUGUGCGGGAAUAAUGUCUUUUUUACGCAGCCAAGAACAGUGGUUGUUUACGAACUCCAGCGAAACUGAAUGUUUGUCCCCCCUCGCUCAAAGCAUUGCUGCUCUUCGUCAUCUGUGGGAUAGUAUGUCCCACUUGAUUAACUUUGUCAAAGUCAGAGAUACAAAGUUUAACUUUGUGUCUUUUGUGUGAUUUUCAGUUUCUGUUUCCCCUCAUCUCCCCCGGAAUGAUUUGGUUGUAAUCUUGCUCUGUCUUGUUAGCUGGUAUUCAUGUUUGGUUAUUUGUAUAAUUUGUAAGAAGGUGAUUCCAGGUUUAUUCGUUUGUUUGUUUUUCCAAAUAAAUUUGAAUAGCAAA